AUGGCAGAGGUUCUUGAAUGCAAUGCUAGUGAUUAUGAAGAUGGAUACGUAUAUGUGUGGGUGGGGGGAGAUAAACUGAAGAAGGGGAAGAAAGAUAAACUGAAGAAGGGACAGGGGAAAGAAAGUUAA